GCUCACGCACGCCACGCUCGUCCGGAAACGGUUCGUUCGCGCCCGCAGCUUCUCGCCGUGUCCAUCAAAUCAUUGAUAAUAUUAUCAUAAUAUUAAAAUAAUAUUGUACGCACGUCGUCAUUUCGAGCGAGUCGUACGGCCGUCGUUUUGUGUACCUGUGUGCCUGCCUGCAGCGUAUAGCAUAAUAUAGCUGGUGUACGGCCACGGGACAGCCGCCCAGUGAACCGAAAAACCAAACGGAGAAAACGUCUGACCGGAGAGGGAGGAAUCGUCGCCGCAGCACUCGCUUGACACCGUCGCAGUCGGUCCAACGGAGAUAAACUAAAACAACGUCCGGCAGUCGGCAUAGUGUGUGCGUACGCCGUGCACGCGUCUUCCGAUCGCAUUCAUUGUUGCGAGUCUUGCACCGCGCGCGACAGGUAGUUCCGCCGACCGGAUAUAUUAUCCGUAUAGAGCCGCCACGACCGUUUCGUCGUAAUAUUAUACUCCUCCGAGUGUAAUAAAAUUGUACGCGCGUCCGCGGCCCACAGCAGCCGAAUAUCUACGACAGAUUGCUUUUUCUACGUUAACGCAAAUCCGUGAYAAAAAAAAACCGCGAUAACAUGGCCGUAGUGAACAUGAACAAUCUGCUGAACGGCAAAGACUCGAGAUGGCUGCAGUUGGAGGUGUGCAGGGAAUACCAGCGAAACAAGUGCACCAGACCCGAUACGGAUUGCAAGUUCGCGCAUCCGGCCGCCAAUGUGGAGGUUCAAAACGGCCGCGUCACUGCUUGCUACGACAGCAUAAAGGGCAGAUGUAACCGAGAGAAACCGCCGUGCAAAUAUUUCCAUCCACCGCAGCAUCUCAAGGACCAGCUGUUGAUAAAUGGUCGUAACCACUUGGCCCUAAAGAAUGCAUUAAUGCAGCAAAUGACUAUGGCUGCUAAUCAACAGAUUGUAACGGGGCAAGUUCCUACAGCAGUGGCAACGCCAACAGCAUAUUUGACCGGAAUCCCUGGCGCGAGUACCCAGGUCGGAAACACUUACACGCCGUACUUUAGCGCCGCCGGCCCGUUGAUUGGACCGACCACGAUAAUCACGUCAGACCCGAACAAUCCGCUGGCCAUGGCCGUGCAGCAGACAAUGGUUACACAACAGAAAAUGCCUAGGAACGACCGUCUAGACAUGGAUAUGAAAGCCGUUGGAACAUUUUAUUACGAAAAUUUUGCAUUUCCGGGAAUGAUGCAGUACAAACGAGCUGCGGGUGACAAAUCUGGAAUGCCGGUGUUUCAACAGAACACGGGAGCUUACCAACAAUUGCUUCAGCCAUUCGUGCCAACCGUAUCUUUUGCUGCACCACCGGGAAUCCCGAGGUAUUAACAUAACGACUGCAAUUCAGAAAUCAACCUGUGGUACAACAUACAUCCAUUGAAUGUAUGGUUGUGGCCGAAUAAUUAUUAACAAAAUAACGUUCGAUUCAAGUCAUCAGUUUAAUACACAGUAAAUUUUUUAUAGUGUAUACAUUACAUAUAUAAUUCAUAAAUAAUAUUGUAGAAUACKAAUUGAAUAAUAUUGAACAAUUUAAUUAGAUUGUUUAAGUUUCCUUUAUCCAAUAUUUAAAAUAGGUCGGAAACUAAUGUCAAUGAUAAUUUAUUAAUCUAACUAGAGAUGAUGCACUUUGUAUUUUGUUAACAAAAGUAAACUAUUUUACUUAGAAAAAUGUUAAAAUACUAUUGAACUAUUUGAAUUGUAUACAAUCAGGUUGGUUACUCACUAUAUGUAAACCCCUUCGUAUUAUUUAAAGUCAUUAUUUUACUCAAAAUAUAACUAAUUAUAUUACCAAUAUAUAAUAUAUUAAUAUUAAUCUUG